AUGCCUUUCUGGGGAAGCAAAUCGACGCCGACCAAGGCGGAGAGCGACGCCAGCUCGAAUGACGCAACCGAUCCUAAGAACGACCCGGUCGCUGCGGCAUCGCAGGCGGCGGGCACGGCCUGGCUCGCGGGCCAUCUUCACCACCUGACGGAAGACCAGGAGCAGAAGCUGGAAGAGUUCAAGAAGCUUUGCGAGCAAAAUGGAUACUAUAGGCCGGAGCGGGAUGGCGAGAAGGCUAGUCACGCCGAUGCGACGAUGCUGCGCUUCCUUCGCGCACGCAAGUUCGACAUCGAUGGUGCUUGGGGACAGUUCAAGGAUACCGAGGAUUGGCGCCGCGAGAACGCCAUUGAGUCGUUGUAUGAGAACAUCGAGGUGGAUGCAUAUGAAGCUGCUCGGCGGAUGUAUCCCCAAUGGACCGGCCGUCGUGACCGUCGCGGUAUCCCUGUCUAUGUGUUCGAGAUCCAGCAUUUGAACAACAAGAAUAUGGCCGCGUACAAAUCUACCCUCUCCACUGAGACCCAACAGUCUUCGAAGGUUCCCGAACGGUUGCUACGUCUCUUCGCCCUUUACGAGAACCUCCUUCGCUUUGUCAUGCCCUUGUGCUCGCAGCUGUCUCGCCCCAAUCCGGAGACGCCCAUCACUUCGUCCAACAACAUCGUCGAUGUCAGCGGAGUAGGAUUGAAGCAAUUCUGGGACCUUAAGGGUCACAUGCAAGAUGCCAGUGUGUUGGCGACCGCUCAUUAUCCUGAGACUCUAGACCGGAUCUUCAUCAUCGGCGCCCCUUCUUUCUUCCCCACUGUCUGGGGCUGGAUCAAGCGCUGGUUUGACCCGGUCACCACGUCCAAGAUCUUCAUUCUCUCGGCUGCAGAGGUGAAGCCGACCCUGACGAAUUUCAUGGAUCCCUCCAGCAUCCCCAAGCAAUAUGGUGGCGACUUGGACUGGAAAUGGGGCGACAUGCCCAAUCUCGAUGAAGAGGCCCGCCAGGUCGUCGGCGUCCUCGAAACUCCAGCCGCUGAGGGCGAAACCAAGCCCAGCUUCAUCAAGGGCCCCGUUCUGUUCAACGGCGACACCAUCGAGGUCCUCGGCAAGGUCAAUGGCGAGAGUCGGAAAUCCACCCUCCCUGCGGGUACCCUCGCGCAGCAAGGCGAGCCCGCUGCUAUCCCGGUUGAAAAGGCUGCCGCGCAAGAGACUUCUGACGCAGCCACUGAGGACGAGAAGGUGGCUGCCGUGCAAGAAGACGCCGCCGCCCUCAAGUCAGAGGCUGAGACGGCCACGAACACCGUUGCCGCUUGA